GCUUUCAAGGGAUGGCUGAACACAGCACAGCCCUUCCUCACUGAGGCAGGCUCGUCCAGCGAAGUCAGACUUUUGGAUUUAGAAACGGACGGCAAAACAAACAGGACCAGAGGACAAAAUGUGCGGUCCUGAGCUGGCGUUGACAGUUGCUGUACAGUAAUGAGCGAGCGGUUUAUGGUGCCGUGAAUAAUGUCUGGACACGCCGAGGACGCGUGCGGAUCCUCUGACUGGGAAACUUGUUUGUCGGUUGUUUUGAUCUGAGACAAGAUGCAUCUGUUUCGGACUCAUAAUUACCAAGUGUUCCCGGACCGCUACUCAGUGGAGACACCGACCAUCCGAGGCAUCAGCUGGACUCCGUUGCCAGAGGCUGUGGAUUCAAAGGACACUAUGAAGCAGUUUCUUUCAGAUCGUGUUGUGAAGGCAGCAAGGUCAGUGUACAGCGUUAUGAUCGAGAGGAACCCCGGUCUGAUCCGAGACAGAAAGUAUCACCUGAAAACAUACAGACAAUGUGGCUCUGGUAAGGAACUCGUUGAUUGGCUUUUGAAACAGAAUGAAAGCCUUCAAUCAAGAAGCCAGGCUGUUGGGAUGUGGCAGGUCUUGGUGGAUGAGGGAAUCCUUAUUCAUGUGAAACAUGAGCUGAACUUCCAUGACAAGGACACCCAGUUCUACCGCUUCCAGGACUCAGAGUUUGGCCUGAACCACUCUGUAAAUGACAAGGACUCGGAGGAUGAACUGCAGGAAGCGCUGUCCCUGCUUUCUCAGCUGGGUCCAGAUGCUCUGCUCACUAUGAUUCUACGCAAAUGCCCCAGUCAGCGAAGUGCUGAAGACCUCGAGGUCAUCUAUGAAGAGCUGCUUCAUGUGAAGGCUGCUGCUCAUCUCUCCACCUCAGUGCGUAAGGAGCUGGCUGCAGUGCUGGUCUUUGAAUCUCAUGUUAAGGCCGGAACAGUGUUGUUCAGUCAGGGGGAUAAAGGCACCUCCUGGUACAUCAUCUGGAAAGGCUCUGUAAAUGUGAUCACACAUGGCAAGGGUCUUGUAACCACUCUGCACGAGGGAGAGGACUUUGGGCAGCUGGCUUUGCUGAAUGAUGCACCUCGUGCUGCCACCAUCAUCCUGAGAGAAGACAACUGCCAUUUCCUCCGUGUUGAUAAGCAGGAUUUCAUUCGGAUCCUCAAGGAUGUGGAAGCUAACACGGUGCGACUGGAGGAGCACGGAAAGACCGUGCUGGUGUUGGAGAAGAGUGCAGACUCAGCUGAGCAAGGAGGAGCAGGAACAAACAGCAAAUACACAGUUAUGUCAGGAACACCUGAGAAAAUCCUGGAACACCUCCUUGAAACAGUAAAACUGGACUCUAAUGGAAAUGAUCCAAUAGACCCCUGCGUGAGCGACUUCCUCCUCACCCACAAAGUCUUCAUGCCAUCCAGCCAGCUGUGUCCUAUUUUACAGCACCACUACCACGCGGAGCUCUCUGAAGGUUCAGAACAGGAGAAAGCUGCUUAUGUUCUCCAUACCAAGCAGAAGGUAGUGAAGCUGAUUUGCCAGUGGGUGGCACUGUAUGGUCUCCUGCUGAAAGAAGACCCCAUUGCUUUGGACUUUUUGGAGAUGAUGAAAAAAGACGUGGCAGCUGAUUAUCGUUUGUCCAACAUGCUGAGGGAACAAUUUAGGGAAAGGAGAAGGACAAAAGUGCUGGAGAACGGAUAUCAGUCCCUGAGCAGGAGCCAGCCAUUUGAUUGGUUUUCAAACUGUGAGGAGCCACUUGGAAGGUUACAACCAAUCAGAGCGCAGGAUAAAGUGCUGUAUGAGCUGUAUGGUCCAGACAACAAACCUCUCACUCUGAUGCUGCCUGUGAACACGUCUGUACAGGAUGUGAUGUCAGCAAUAGUCAAACCUGUGGGUGAUCACGUCCUGGUCAAAAUGAACUCCACAGGAGAAAGAGCUCAGUUAAAGCUGGAUGCGACUGCAGUCUACACUGCCCUAGGACUCAAUGAGAGACUCUUCAUCUGCACGAGCAGUGAAGUGGAACAACUGAGGUCCCUAAAGGAGCAGCAGGGCCCAGAGCAAGGGACAACUGAUGUCCUUGAGCAGAUGAGCUCUAAAGACAUUGCCACUGAACUUACCAACUAUGACUGGGAACUGUUCACUGCCAUGCAUGAGGUGGAGCUUGUGUACUACAUAUUUGGUCGGCAUAAAUUUCCUGGUGCCAUCACAGCUAACCUGGAGCGGUUUGUGCGUCGCUUCAAUGAGGUGCAGUACUGGGUGGUGACGGAGCUGUGUCUCUGUGAAGACCUGGUGAAACGGGCCAUCCUCCUAAAGAAGUUCAUCAAGAUUGCUUCAGUACUGAAGGAGCAGAAGAAUCUCAACUCUUUUUUCGCUGUGAUGUUUGGCUUAAGCAACAGUGCAGUUCACAGGCUUUACAAGACCUGGGAGAGGAUACCGAGUAAAGCCAAAAGAAUCUACUGUGCUUAUGAGAGACUGAUGGAUCCUUCACGCAACCACAGGGCCUACAGACUGGCUGUUGCCAAGCUCAGUCCUCCUUACAUUCCCUUCAUGCCUCUGCUGCUGAAAGACAUGACAUUCAUCCAUGAGGGAAACCCAAACUAUGUAGACAAACUGGUCAAUUUUGAGAAGAUGCGAAUGCUUGCAAAGACAAUGAAAAUUGUACGAGGAUGCAGAAGCCAACCUUAUGUGCCUUCAUCUCCACAGAGAGGCCUAGCAGAUCGGAUGUUUCUGGAAGGGCCUGCAACUCGCCUUUCUACAUACUCAGACCACGCCUUCCCGCUGCGGAAUCCCACCAACAUCCGUCACUACAUUCAGAACCUAAAGGUGAUCGACAACCAGCGGAAGCUGACGCAGCUAUCGAGGACAAUCGAGUGUUAGGAACUCAGCCUGCUAAUACAGAAAAGACUGGAAAGUAUUGCUGAAUCAAAAACAGACUGCAGCUGGAUGAACAAAAACCUUCCCAGUGAAGAAGAUGAGCCUCUGGAGGCACUGACUGGAGCUUGGACAGUCACAAUAAAGCUUUCUGCACCGCACAGCACUGAGUGAAAAUGUGCAGCGUGCACAGUAAUGACCUCCAAUGCUAAAUAUGGCUGUGUGUAUAAGACUCUUGGGACACUUUUCAUCCAACAAGCCUUAUAUCGCCUCAAAGAAAAACAUAACAUUUUGUAAAGCAACAUGUUGCUCUGUUUGGUGUCUUUUCAUGUGACAUGUGUCUGCAGAAGAGCCAAACAACAAACAAACAGCUCCAUAACAUGUCACAGAUCUGUGCCACAAAUAUUCUUUUUAGAUUAGCUUUUUCUGCACUUUCAGUUCCCCUUUAAAAAUAAUAUAUUGUAUUUUCAUUAUUGGCAGCAAAGUCUCUAACUGACAUGCACAUAAUUUCAUACUAUUUUGUUAUUAUUCUAAAUAAAUUAUUUUCCCAGUUA